AUGCCCGUAAAAGUGCUCCUGCUACUGGCGGAGUUAAGAAACCUCACCGUUAUCGUCCGGGAACUGUGGCUCUCAGAGAAAUUCGUCGUUAUCAGAAAAGUACCGAAUUUUGAUCAGAAAUUCCUUUCCAACGGCUGUCCGUGA